AUGUCACUAAAGUCAGGACCAGGAUCGAAAGCUGGAUUAUCAGCAGGUCGUUUAGGAUCAGGAACUCUUCUUAGGGAUACAGCUGCCCAGAAUCUUACCUCUAAAAAUGGUGGAUUUGGUAACCAGACUGUCAAGACUAAUGCCUCGGCUGCUAGUAACAAUAAAAAUACAGCUGUUAUUACUUACGACGAACUUGAACGCAUAAGAUAACAAUGUUCAAUCGGUUCUGUUUCUUAAUACGAGCAAGAAUUAAGAAACAAAGAUAGACUAGAACUCCAGGAUAAAUCGAAGGCAAGAGUUCAAAACUGGCCUAAUACAAUAGAAGCUCUAAGAAAAAAGAAGGAUGAAGAACGUAUAAGAAGAUUAGAGGAGGAAGAAAUUGAAAGAAGAAAAGUUGAUGCACUGGAAUAUGAAUUGCAGGUACAAGCCAGACUCUAGGCAAUCGAAAGAGCUAAUAAGCAUAUGCAUGAUGCACAAGAUCAGGUGAAAGCUUUCCACAGCAAGAUGAUGAUGUGCGAUACAAUGCAAGAGAGGGAAAUGUAACUGGCACUCAGAAAGAAGAAGCAGGAAAUUGAUAGACAAGUCUAAAAGCAGUGGGAGGAGCUCGAAAGAAUGAAGAUGGAUGAGUACGACGAUAAAAUGAGGUAGAAGCUUCUAGAUGAGUACGAAAAGAAAAUGGCCAAUCAAAAGGUUAUUAAUGACUAACUUCAUGCCUUUAAAAUGAAAUGCAUCAAAAGAAUGCAAGAUGAAAUCCUUGAAGGAGAGUUAAUUAGAAGAUAGGUCGAGGAGGAACUCGAAAGAGAGAGGCAAAGAGAGCAUGAGAGAAGACUCAGAUAAAUUGAUUAAGCUGAAAACUUUAAGAAGACUAAUAUUGAAAUGAUCGCUGCUCAGGCUGAGGAAAAAAAGAGAGAGCUCGAAGAAGAAAAAAGAAUUGAAGAAUAUGCCAAAAAGAGAGAAGCUUUAGACCAGCUUAGAAAGGACAAAGAGGAGUCUAAAUUCGCUGAAAAACAGCAAACUAGAUAAAAGAUGAUUGAUAAACAAGCUGAGACUCUAAGAAGCAUAAAGAACAGAGAGGAUGAAAUUCUAAGUAAGUAGGUUGCUGAAGCUGAAGAGAAGGCCAUGAGACUCUAUGAAGAGCAAGAGAGAAGAAAACUUUAAAUGAAAGAUGCAAUUGAAAGAAGUAGAAAACAAUAAAUUGACAAAAGAUAAAAUGAGAAGUUCCAAGAGAAUAUGGAACAAAAAGAGUUCAGUGAGUUCUGGAAAAUAAGAAAUGAAGAACUUGCCAUCGCAGAGCAAUAAGAAAAGGAAGAGGAGAGAAUCAGAGCUGAGGAGCUUAAAUCGUUCCACAGAAGAUAAAUGGAUUUGAAACAAAGGAAAGUUGAAGAGCAAUUCAAGUAGGAGCUUGAAGAGACUACUAGAGCUCAAGCUCUUCUAGACUAGCAAGAGAAACAAUUCUAUUCAUAUGCCGAAUAAUGUGUAAAGGAAUGGCAGAAUAAUGGUAAAAAUGUAAAACCCCUUAUCCUAGAACUUAAAAACUAUAAAAAGCAAAUCAUCUGA